CUAGUUGACACCUCCACUGCUUGCACAUUGAUGCGCUGUGUCAUUGGAAAGACAGUCUUGCAGAACAUACAGUAACUGCAUUCUGCUCGCAGCGCCGCCACGAUGGUCCGCGAGGACCUGGUUGAAGGAGCCAUUUCCUUCCUCCAAGACCCCUCCGUCGCUUCGGCUCCUCUGGAACAACGCGUCGCUUUUCUACGCUCCAAGAACUUGACACAAGAAGAGAUCGAUACUUCACUCGCGCGCGUCGGUCAAUCGCCCCCGCCUGGCACGGCCUCGCAGCCUCCCGCCCAGUACCGCCAACCACAAUAUAACAACUACAAUGGUGGCUAUGCACAACAACCAUAUGGAGGCUGGCAACAACCUCCUCCCGAGCCUCCGAGGCGAGAUUGGAGGGACUACUUUAUUGCUGCUACUGUUGCUUCUGGCAUAGGGUACGGAUUGUACUGGACGGCAAAGCGAUAUGUUUAUCCACUUAUCGCGCCCCCAACGCCGCCUCAACUUGAGCAGGACAAGAAGAGCGUGGAUGAGGCGUUCGAGAAGACCUUCCAACUUCUGGAGCAACUGUCUGCCGAUACGGAAGAGCUGAAGAACGCCGAGGCGCAGCGGAAGGAGAGAUUGGAUGCUGCCCUGUCCGAAGUGGAGAGCGUGAUUUCUCGAAUGAAGCUGGCGAAUGACGAACGGGAACAAGAAGCAAAGAGGAAUGCACGAGAGUUGAACGAGUUGCGAGAUUUGAUACCACGGGCCAUUGAGAAAGAGAGGCAGGCGCAGGAAGAGAGGCUAAAAGAGCUCGGCACAGAAAUGAAGAGUCUGAAGACAUUGGUGCAGAAUCGCAUGCGUGAUGGUGGAGCUGCACCAAGCAGGACGACACCCAGCUUUCCCGGCUCUCAGGGACACAGCGGACAAGUUCUGGGCUCCGGCACGCAAGUGAACGGCACUUCUUCCGCUCCUGCCGUACAAGAACCUGCGACAAAUGGCACAAACGGCGUUUCUUCACCUGCAAUGGAGACAAAGUCGUCGUCUCCAUAUACUAGCGCAGCCACACCAUCGACAAGCUCGAACCCUUACCAGUCACGCUUGCUUGGAAAUAGUGGUGGCAAGGCUGCCAUUCCCGCAUGGCAACUAGCUGCAAAGAAGAAGUCGGAAGAUGCAAAAGCGGCGGCCGCCGAGGGAGCGUCCAGUACUCCUAACGUUCAGGAGAGUGGCACUGUGCAGGAUGCGGUUGACGGAUCAUCGUAAUAAUUGCAUUGGCGGGUGGGCGUCAUUCUCUACUGUUCUGGAUAUGUGUUGUGUAUGGAAAGCUUUUAUGACCCGAAC